AUGUUCGGCGAAUCAUACCUUGACGACGGGGCCUCGCGGGCGGUGCAAGCGGGUAGCCGGAAGAGCACGCCCAUUGAGUUACGCGCCACGAAUCCCGCGGGCGCCGUUCCUGGUGGCACGGACAGGCACCAGCAGCACCUACGCUCUGUGAAGGAAAUUAUUAAGACGCUGGAUGAAGAGCACGAGAUCAGCGGCCCCAAGGGCGGCUGCUGCUCUCGCAUCGUCGUUCCACUUCUUACGGCGUGCAUGAUCAUUGCCAUCUUUACAGCCAUCGUCUAUACAAACGGUACCGGAUCGAACGUCGGGGCCUCCCCACGUGUGGCGGUCAUCGUGCUGGAGGGGUUCUCAGGCACCGUCUUCCACGCUCUCAUGCAGUCUGGUGUGCACAUACCGAACAUCGCGCACCUGCUCUCCUCACCGAGUGGGGUGUGGGCUGAGUGCUCGACGAGUGUUCAGUCUAGUUGCGCCCGUGCUGUGGUGGUGGAAAACGACACCUCUGGGGAGGCGUACGUGAGUGCAGCGGCCGCGAUGACGUCCCUCUUCUCUGGUAUGCCACCACGCGCGCACCAGGUGUACAAUAGAAGUCUGGAAGGUAUGUCAGCGUACGCAACCACUUCCAAAAUGUACCCCAGUAUCGCGAAGCGCGUGAAGGAUGCGGGGAUGAAGGUGUCGGUGGUGGGCACCUCGCACGUCAUCAACUCUCUCAGCUUUGUCUCUGGCAGCUGCUCUCAGCCGGGUGUGCUCGACAUGGAGUGCGCUGCAUCACAAGCCGAGCUGUUGCGGUUGAGCAUCGACGAGUACUCGGGCAACGUGCAGCUGGACUGCCUGGCGCCAUCCUCGUGCAACAUGGACACGCGCAAGAUGAGUUCACCGACGAACCCGCAGAACUGCAGUGGCGGCCAAGCCGAGGCGCAGUUCACGCGCCAGCUGAACAGCAUAUUCGGCGGUCUCGCCUACUCGACCCCGACGCAGGGGACCGCCACGCAAAACACGGUCGCCGACAACCUGGACGACUCCCUCUUUGUCUUCCACUUCGACGCACUGGCGGUGCGGGCGGCUAGUGCCUACCUGCCGGAGUUCCAGUACAGCGCCUCCUCCAAGGAGUAUGUCGCGCAGGUGUACCUGCUAGAUGCAUUGGUGGGCCAGGUGAUCAGCUACGUGCGCGACCGCUCUCGUAGCCAGAAGGAGAAUUGGCUUAUCCUCGGGGUCUCCAAUCACGGUGGCAGUGGCAAGCGGUACGAUACCCCACUUUCCCUCUCCCCCGAGAAUACGAUCGCUUUCUUCAUGGCGACCUACACCAGCAACGCAAAGCGCUCUGUGACGCUGGCGCCGCUCCAGCGGCCAGUUACGCAGCUCGACGUGCUACCGACAGUGCUGACGUGGCUGAACGUAGCGCCGUACGACGUGGAGACGAACGCCGUGAUCGCUGGCACGAAUACGACAGCGGCGAGCCCGGCGGUGAUGGCGCACGUGGCGGAGCGGAUACACUUAGAAGGCGUUGUGCAGGGCAUCUGCUCCCCUGGCACCUCUCUGAAGGACUGCGGGUCGUAA